UUUCCGGAUCAUUCGUUGAACUUUGAUUAUCCGGGAAAUUAUCAUUCGUGGUGUGCCAUGGCGAAAGGCAACAAGACGAAGCGGCCACGGAACGACGCGAAGUCUCCAUCCAGUGGGGGCCUCGUCAUUGUCAACCCAGCGCUUCUUCGCGCAGUCGUCAAGUACGUCUUCAUGCAUGCGCGUUUGCUUCAUGCGCUGACGUCCGUCGUAGGCCAAGUGCACCUCCGGCAAAGAAGCACAAGGCUGGCAAGGAUUCGACUGGAAAACCCAAGCAUGAAAAGACAAAACCAGUAGGACCACCGCCUCAAAUCCACAAAAGCGAUAAGAAAAGCGGGACAUACGUGUGCGACGCGUGCAAAAUCUCUGUCACCAGUGGCGCGCGCUUGAUGCACGAGCAAGGCAAGAAGCACAAAAGGGCAGUCCUCAACGCAGGCGGCGCAGCUGCAGCCAAUGUCCCCACACCAUCAACUGCUCCCACUGAUUCAUCCCCACCUCAGUCUAUUCAAAGCGUGCCAAUCCAGCAGCAGCACCACCUGCACGUUCGGGACGAGGACGUCGUGGGGGCCGUGUAUUAUCUUCUAGAAGUGAAGAACCUAUGUCGGGCAGUGGUCGUGGUUCCUACGAAGGCCACCGGACAGCUGACGCCCCAAUGCGUUGCGGGAACAUUGAAGCAGCUGGGGUUUUCAGUGUUUGCCAUCCACUCCAAGACCAACCCAACCAUUCGCCAGAACUAUUUGGACAAAUUUGGCUCGAGCAGCCACGAGGGCGUCGUGGUCACGACCGAGCACUUUGCAUCGUUGGUGGCCUCGGCAACUUGUACCUAUGCUGCCACGGUCGUUCAAAUCCACGCCAGUCCGUCGCGUGGCGGGUAUGCGCUGCUGGCGCCAGGAACCGCCGCUUCGUCGUCGAUCGCGGUCGACAUUUCCAAGCCAAUGCUGCAAAAAGCCACGGCUAGAGCCAACUUGGCCUCGAGUAUUUUCGACCUGCAACAAGCCCAACCCCAAGACCACGACGCCCAAUGGAUACGAAAACUCGCCAACGCGUCUGGUCUGGGGGACGAGCCAGAAGCCAAGCCCAAGGCCCUAACUCCCGCCCAGCAAAAGCUCCAGGCGUUGUCCGACAAGCUGUUUGUCCUCAUCGCGACCCCCCUCGCUGCCACGAGCCCCGUGAACCCCGCCAAGAUGAAGCAAAAGCUGGCGGCCGUCGGCCUCGUCGCUCAAAACGCCGCCACGGGCAUGUCGAUUCACAACACCCGACUAUCAGCACAGACGCAAUGGCUGGAUGCGGCGGAUGGAGGCGCCUUCGGCGGCGCGUGGGAAGGCAGCGUGCGGCACGGCGCGACCAAGGAUGUGACAUCGCUGGUCGUGAGAGCCAGCGUGACGUCCACCGACGAGUGGGCGCCGAAUCCGGAGCCGUCCGACGUGCAGCAAUGGGGGGGACUCUACGGGAAACCGUGUGGCCACAACGAGGUGGUACUGCAGACUCUGCGGCCGUUUUUCCCCCAAGAGGUGCUGAAUGCCAGGGUAUGCAGCCGUAUGAAACCAGCGCCAGGCAACGACGGGUACGAUGGCUGCCUCGAGUUUCUGCAGUGGCAGUGCCGGACCCACAAACGGCCCAUGACUGUGUGGGAUGCCGAACACUGGCUGCACGUGACCACCGACGGAAAAGUGUCGCGCGUGUCCAAGAAGGUCAUGCUCACCAAGCCGCUGUCGUUGAUUCGUUGGCUCGUAUCGAAUCUGCGAGUCCAAACGGUCCGAUGGAGCGGCAGCGUCGCCCCAGCCAAGCUCUUCGAGGCGCUGGGCGUCGCGCUGGUGUGCGGCACGUCCGAAACCACCCAGAAACUGCCUCUCCAUGUCCGCCAGUGCAUAUUGCAAUACGCAGUGACCGGAAAUCCAGAUACAUGGAAACGCCUCGACUUGACCGAGAAAAGGUCGCCCUUGAAUGGAUGAAGAACAUUCAAGGACAUACUACACUAGUAAACUGAAUUUAAGUGGACGAUUGUCCACUUUGUAGUUGGAUUCUGCUUUAAAUAUCAUACUUGAAUUAUACGAUUGCGUUGUUAGAGCAUACCGGUAGAAAAAAGAGAGGACGUUCAAACUGUUAUGGAGGCACUAGGACAAUCCGGUACUUUGGUCACUGAGGGUUGUGCACAGUACUGUAGAAAGCAAAAGUGUUUACAAAGGGAAAUGCAAUGUACCCUGAAUACGACACCACGUCCUUCAUACCCUCGCGAUGCUAUUUCCUGGCGCGACAUCACACCCUGCUAAAAUGUG